CAACUGCCGAGCAGUGAGGGACGGUGAACGAGAAGACCAGAUGUGUUAGCCGAAGGAUUUUUAAUGCGCUUCCGAGCCAGACUACCGCUACGUGCGAGAGGCUGUGUGAUAGCGACAACGGAGGAACGACCAUCGCGGGAUUUUCGCGUGCGGAAAGCCCCGUUAAAUCCGAUUAAAAACCUUCAGAGGAUCGGCGAAGGGGUGCAGCAGCAGCAGCAGCAGCAGCAGCAACAGCAGGAGGAGGAGGAGGAGGAGGAGGAGAAGAAGAAGAAGAAGAAGAAGAAGAUAGAAGAGAGUUUUGGUUUAGUAGCAAGAGUUUUCGGCGGACGAUUAACGGAGGGUUGAAAGCGCGUUUUAACCUUCUCGUCGUCGACGUCGUAGCAAGAGAGUUAGAGGCUUGGCCGUUUGAUCGUUUGGUUGACAGAAAGAGAGAGAGAGAGAGAGAGAGAGAGAGAGCCAACGAGAGAAAGAAAGACAGAAAGAAAGAAAUACGAGUAUCACCGUCGAGUGAGACGACGAGGUUUUGUCGGAGAAAGAUAUAAAAGAGAAAUAUAGAGAUCGAGUGCAGUGUCAAAGUCUGUGAUAGUAUUUAUUCAAAGGAUUUCGAAUAUACAACAGCGACGACGACGGCGUUUAACAUCGGUCGACGGUAAAAGAAAAAAAAAGAAGAAAUAAAAAAAAUAAAAUAAAAUAAAUCGCGCGCGUCGAACAAGCGAAAGAUUUAGAUAGGCUUUAUAUAUUUAUUUAUAUCUGUGAUAUCUACACUGAUAUACAUCGAUCUGAUUCGGACGGCGUAUCCAUCGGAGAAAGUGGAAAAGGAUCAUCGAAUCGUAGACGUCGCGCGAACACGAGGAAGAGCUUUUCACGAUAUACAUAUAUAUAUAUAUAUAUAUAUAUAUAUAUAUACAUAUAUAUAUAUUAUAAGAGGAUCGUCGUAGGGAGAAAAAAGAGAGAUUAUAUCAGUAUCUUAGCAGAUAGGCGUUUUUUGUAUAUACGACUGACUCUUUUUUACAAUUAUUAAUACUGGUGCGAAAUCGCCAAAAGAGGGAGAGAGAGAGAGAGAGAGAGAGGGAGAAGAGCAGAAGAAGAAGGAGAGAUUAAGUGAGAAAUCGAAUUUUCCUAGCGCCGAACGAAAGUUUACGUACGUGAACGAAAAUGGUGGAGAGACUAGUGGAAGAACGCAAGAGCAGCUUUCAAGCGAACGGCCGAGGCGAUGGUAAUUGUAGAGACGUCGCCUCGACUGGAGAAUCUAUGAGCGCGGUACAAGCGCGUCAAGAAGAGGCAAGACGCAAAAGACGCAGGAAGAAACGUUCUGGAUCGUCCCUAGUGUCCUCUUGUUUCCAAGAUUUGUACAAAUUGACGGGAGAGGUGCUUGGAGAAGGAGCCUAUGCCUCGGUUCAAUCGUGUACAUCCCUGUACACGGAUUUGGAAUAUGCCGUGAAGAUCAUCGAUAAGAUUCCUGGACAUGCGCGUGCUAGAGUUUUCAAGGAAGUCGAGACAUUCCACCAUUGCCAGGGACAUCCUAAUAUCAUACAGUUGAUUGAAUUUUUCGAAGACGAGGAAAAGUUUUAUCUCGUUUUUGAAAAAAUCAAUGGCGGUCAACUAUUGAACAGGAUUCAAGAGAAGGUGCACUUUAGUGAGAGAGAAGCAAGUCAAAUCGUCAGUGAGAUCGCCAGUGCUUUAAAUUUCCUUCAUAAGAAGGGAAUCGCACACAGGGAUCUCAAGCCGGAAAACAUCUUAUGCGUAUAUCCGGACAAAUUAACUCCUAUCAAAGUAUGCGAUUUUGACUUGGGUUCUGGUAUAAAAUUCAACAAUUCACUAUCCAGUCCUGUAGCAACGCCACAAUUAUUGACGCCAGUUGGAAGCGCCGAAUUCAUGGCUCCGGAAGUAGUCGAGGCAUUCAUAGGCGAAACAAAUUAUUACGACAAACGUUGCGAUCUUUGGAGUCUCGGCGUGAUAAUGUAUAUUUUGUUAUGUGGCUAUCCGCCUUUCUACGGGAACUGCGGCACCGAUUGCGGUUGGGAGAGAGGAGAAAAUUGUCAGGCUUGUCAGGAAUUGCUAUUUACCAGUAUUCAAGAGGGAAGGUACGAAUUUCCUGACAAAGAAUGGAGAAAUAUAUCCGAGGACGCGAAGGAUUUAAUUAGAGGCUUGCUAGUAAAGGAGGCUCAUCAAAGGCUCAGUGCGGAAUGCAUUUUGAAACAUCCGUGGAUUAAUCCUGGGCCAGCGUCGGUCGACAAUAGCGAACAAUCUCUUAUAACUCCUCAUAUCAUUAGAAGAAAUAAUUCUGCUCGAGAGCUCUCAGCGUUCGCUGAGUCGGCAAUGGCUGUAAAUCGCGUGGUACUUCAACACUUUUCCAUUAACUUGGAGGAGCUGACGGAGAAUAGGGAGCCAAGACUGUCCACGUCAUCUACCGAUGACGACAAUCAUCCUUACGGUCACAUGUCCGACUCCAAUAGUGAAUUAUCGGAGAAUAGCAACAAGCACUGUGCGACCCAUUCUUCCAGCGAAUUUGAUACUAGUUCGCGUCAAAAGUCAGGCUCGGUUAAUUCGAGCAUCGAUUUCAACGAUUCGAAAAUCAUCGGGAAGAAUCGAAUAAUAGGUAAAGAUUCCUUUCAACUUUAUGGUCUGUCGCCGCCAAGCGAGAGCAGACUUAUGCAACGUCGUAUCAAGGCACGCUCAAGUUUGAUCGAAUGUCAGAAUAAUAAUUCUGUUAUCGCAUCCCCAAGUGGCUGAAAUUUGACAAUUUUAAAAGAGAGAGAAAUUAAAUCGAUCUUCUUUUUAGAGUAUAAUUCGUCUUUGCUACUAUUUCCCUUUCUGGAAUCGCAAAGGUGUAAUAUACUUUUAUCGAGCGGCUUAGAACGAGUAACGAUUAUUAGUCUAUGUAAGCGAUUCCUUCAUUCGAUUUAGAAUGAAAUUGGCUUGUAUAAGAAGCAAAGAGAAAAAAAAGAAAAAGUGUGCGGUUAAAAAGAACAAAAAAAAGAAAUAAUAAUAAUAAUAACAAUAAUAAUAAGAAUAAUCAUAUUACAACGCUACAAAAAGGACGAUGACGGCGGAAAGAAAAACAAAAAAACAAAAAAAAGAACCUACGAUAAAAAUAUUUCAUAGUUCUGUAUUGUAUUAAGCGAGUAUGAUAAAAACAACAAACGUUUUCA